AUCUUGGAGUGGGCGGUGCGGGAGGGGAGUCCCGGCAGUGCUGCUUCCGUCGGGCGCUGCCUUUGUCACACCGACCGCGCGUCUGGAAUAGAAGCCCACCCGCUCCCGUCCGCCGCUGAGCGGAACGCGCGGGGCCGCGGGCGCCCAGUCCGUACGCUGAGGCACAGCGGGGCGGUCCGGCCCCGGGCUGCCGCCGUCCUGGGGCGGGCGGGCAGCAGGCGGCGCUGCGGGCGGCAUUUCACUGCCGGGCCGCGGGUGGACGUUGUGGACCCACGGCAGCGCUGAAGGAAAACCAAGGAAAUAGUUAAUAUGGGCCCAGGCUUCGCGAGGCUUUGCGGCAUGGGAAAUCCCAACUUAAACUGUGGGGAUGGGGAGGUCAGCGCGGCCUCAUCGAGCGCUGCAUUGCUGACUGUGAGACCAUGGAAAGGAGAACGUAGAAAAGCAAACAGAACGUUUGGCAGUUAAGCACAAGAUUCUGUCAGUUCUACUUUCACAGAUCAAUAGCAGUGUUUUAUAAAAUGAAAUGAAGAGAACAUGUCUAAUAAACAGGUUUCUCCUGGAAAAUGUCGGUGUUGUUAUUACUGUGUUUCUCAGACUGGGUUAAAAUUUGCUUACAUCAACCCAUGCUUCCCAUGUUUACGUUGGACCACCGAAGAUCUGUGGCUGACCUACAUAUGCAAACAAAACAUUUGUAGCAUAGUUGGGGAGGGGAGAUUUGCAUGGCAGAACAUGACGAAAAUAUGCAUAAUUGUAGAUGACAUUUUUCAUUCCCAAAUCCCGCUCCACAGAACUUUGGAACUGGCCAUGCAUGAAAGAGGCUUGCAGUUCUAAUGGGCAGAUUUCCUGGCUGUGCUACAAAGCCGAACCAUCAAGACACGAAGCUUCUGUUUCUUGUUGAGCAACACAAAUCUGCUAUAAUCAUCUCACCGAGCAGACCCUGUGCUUGCAGAGGACACCUGUGACACUGACUGAGAAGACUGAAGGACGAUGCUGGAUGGCCUGUUCCACUUUUUUUUCCAUGUUUCUCUAAUCUGCCUCCAUAUUUAUCGCACGGCACCAUUUAUAGGUCAUGGCGGUGCCUCCAGGCUUAACUGGUUAAACAAAGAAUUGACCAUAUCAUCUAGAGAUCGCAAAUGGUAGAGAAUGGUUGGACUGGAUGAUCCUGUGGGUCUUCUCCAACCUUAGCGAUUCUAUUUCCAAGGUUGGAAAAGACCUCCAAGAAUUAUCCAAUAUAAAGCAAACCAAAGGCACAGCAGGUCAGAAUAUAUUCCCAAAACAUCUUUUCCUACCAAUUCCUCCACCUUUAUUUUAAUAAUUUACUUAUAUAGAAAAGUUCAGCAGAUAUUUUGGUUGGUUACCUACAUUUGAGCUAAACAGAAGCUCAAGAUCAAUGCAUUUAAACGAAGGUUGGACACUUCCACUGUUGGGAAUAGAUUUCUUUACCUCCCUUUGCUUCCAGAUCUUUUUUUCUUUUUUUCUUUUUUUUUUUUUUUUUUGUCUUUUUCUAGGUGAGACUGCUGCUUCUGAGAGCAGCAGAGGGAAAAGCAGACACGUAACCCUGUGAGCUUGCAGACAUUUCAUGGCCACGCAGAACACCCAAUAUGCUGUCCCCCUUAAGUCUGUAUCCUAACUUAGGAUAACUGUGUUUUAAAAUAUCAGGACAAGCCAACAAACUUUGCUGUUGGUAGUACUGCUUAAUUUUGCUUCUUUGAGUAAAGCAGGAGGCAGUGAACGUGUCUGAAACGUUAGAAAUCCAAAAGCAAAACACAUUUUUUUACUUCCACUAGCAGAGCACAUUGUUCCCCCUGUAUCCCUCCUCUCCUACCCCCACACCAGCUCAUCCCGCUCUGUAGGAGGAGAGAACAGAAGCUGCUUGUUAGUAUUAUAUACAGAAACAACUCCUAAACUCUAAAUGAUUGUUGAAUAUAACAAAGAUAAAAUCCAAAGUCAUCGAAAUUAGUGAAAGCUCUUCUGGCUUUGAUGCAAGCUCCAGGUGAUUCACCUGCAUUCACCUUUCUGUACCAUAAAGCCAUCAGUCAGUCAGUUAAGUCUCUCUGGUCUUAAUUUUCUCUGCAGUAACUGCUGAUCCUCCGUAACUUUGUGCUGGGCACACUCUGCUUCAUCCUGUCACUUCAUUUAAUGUAAGAGCACUUUUCUAUAUUCAGGCAAAUAUAUAUCUGCUAAAGAUCGGCAAGUGAAUCCAGCUGCUAAAUCUAAAUCACGAGGCUGUCCAGUGCCACAUGCAGUCUGCAGGUAGGAAAAUGCACCAGAGACACGGCUCUAAAAAUGGCACCAGCACCAGCAGUAGUGAUGCUGAUGAAAUGGCACGGCAAACCCGGAUCUGCUACAGUAGUAAGCAUGCAGGAAUCUCUCAGAUCUUACAGAUGUGACACGGACGUGACUUCCCAUGAAGGAGGUUUUAUCUGCCAUUACUGGGUGACUGCCUGGCUGUUCUUGCUACGUCAUUUCUUAUUUAUCAUUUUAAAUCUUUGCAGCUCUGCAGUGCAGAAAUAAGUGCUUAAAAAGGUUUGCAGAAGGGAGGGAAAUGCUCUGGCAUCACAAACAGGCCUCCAGCAAAACCACCCGCCGCCUGAUUUACACCACGUUACAUUGGAGAUGUUUCCAUGCAGUGAAUGGCAAUGCAAAGACUGAAAUGUGCACGUGUACGAGACGAAGAGGAGAGAAACCUGCUAGCUUGUGCUUGCAGAAGAAAGCUGAUAGAAACCUGUUCCCUGUAAGAACACUUGAAGCUAUGAGCCAAGAAGCUGUCUCUGGUGCUUAACUCCCACAGCACUCAGGGAAACAGGACUGUGCGAGCGCUUUGAACAUCAAAGCAAUAACGAGCUCAGUGCUCCAUCUGAUGCAAACACCCACCAUGAAGUUUGGCUAACUCUUCACAUCAAGAAUGGGUAAUGCCAGCAGGGGGUUGUUUACACAAAAUCUGUGAUGAUAUGCUGUAGAACAGUUUAAUUCCAUGUAUUUACCCAGUUUUGUUAUCCAGAAGAAUGGACAUAGAGCUUUUCUUACCUACAAUGGAGUCAGAGAAUCUUCUUUGCCCAACAAAAUAAACUAGAAAUCUGUUAGCUUCUUAAGCUGAGCAGCCUUUGAACUCAACUCUCAGACACAGAUCCAAACCAUUAACCUUAGAAGAGCUAAGCCCUAUGAAAAGUUCAUGGAAGUUAAUGAACACGGAAUAUUAAACACCUCCAUUCAGUUGUGAUAUAACACAGACUGGCACUCGAGUUUUAUUAAAUCACCACUGCUUUAUUUUUCUCAGGAUUCCUGUGAGAUGUUUCUGUCCCCCUGCCUGAAGGAUUUCAUGAGAUGCAAGAUACUGAAAUUAAAGGACCAUUCUUCUUAUUUCAUCCUAUCUAUCAGAUUAAAAGAGUUGACUAUGCCAAGUAGAGACCGCACGCUCCCACUGCAUGGGAAUGCUCCUGUGGCAACGGGAGGGCAACGAGGAGCAGCUUUCAGCAGCUCAGCACCCGUCAGGUUCGUGCACGCCUCCGUUAAAAUGCAGUAUUGCAGAAUCAAUGCAGACACUCACUGUCAUUAGGCUUCUUUCCCUUACUGGUUGUGCUUCACCGGCAUUGGCAUCAAAGGAGGGACAAGCACAGGCUGCCAGAGCAGCGUCCCCCUCUCUUAGGGCUUAGGAGAACCAAAGGACAGAACCAUCAGCCCAAAGCCAUCUGCACAUAAAAUCUACGUUCUUCAUUCAGGUCAAGAGGUAUUUUUUAAUCUAAGUGUGGACAAGGUGAGAGCCGUGCAAGGUUCUAAGCAGAUGCUCAGCGACAGCAUACAGACCACAGCACGGAUCAGCAGAACUGCACUGAUGAAUGUGCAGGUGAGAUGUGUAUCCAGGCCCACUUGGAGCUGUGCUGAACCACAAGCACAUGGAUAUUGAAGUGGGAUGGUACUGUAACAUUACAGCCUGUCUGCAGACAGAGAAGCUCAGCGGUGAGGCUGCCCACAGAACUCAUCAGCUCAGCGCCCGCAGUGCCAGAAAGAGCCGCUAAUAGCACCGGCUGCCUGGGCAUGUCAGCGCGCGGUCAGUUAACCAAUAUUAAGCCCUCGGGCUUUUUUCUCACUCCCUUAAUUAUCAGUUUCUGGAUUUUGGCUCUCGUCCAUCGCCCUUCUGACUUAGGAAUCCUCGGAGAUGCCAAGGAAUUAAGUACCAUUACUCCCAUGAGUUGGGGACAGGGAGCAGCACACCGCCCCACCACGGCCAACAUUUUCUUUGUCUCUGCUGUGAAAGCCACACAGAAGUGGUGUCCAACAAUGCCCGCACAUCCAGCUGGUAAUUAUUUGUAUAACAAAAAGUUGUAACUGAUCAGCCGCUGCGGGGAAUCCCAAUGCAAUCCCUUGGAGCAACCGUUACACCCCCGGGCUCUGCGCAGUGUACGUCUCUCAUCAUUCCUGGUGUGAGUGAGUGUGGCCCGGGUGCUCCCAUCCCAGCUGUGCGGAUGGUCUGCGCCCAUCCCUCCACGUGCUGCCAGAGGAGCAGUGCUGGGCGCGUCGGGCACUGCAGGGCGCGGCAGAGGGGCUCUGCGCUGCCGGAGAUGGGGCUGGAAAGGACACAGCACGUGCACAGCAAGGGCCAGAAAUUCUGAUGGGACGCUGAGUCGGCCGGUGGGCAUCAGCUGAGCAGCGCCAGGUAGGGGGCACGUGCUAAUUAAUUACUGGCAGAGCUACGUCACGUUAAAAUGGGAUAGAUGUCAUUGCUUUAGCCUAUCAUUCGUGCGCAGAAGUUGCAGGGAGAUCGUAGACCGUUCUGUGCCGUCUUUUUAGAAUUUCUAACAAGAGAAACGGAGCGGGUGCCGCUGAAACGACACAGCGUGACCCCAACUGCCAAAACCCAGCAAACCCCGCACGGCCACGAGUUCAUCCCCAGCGCCGCUCGCAGCGCAGGGCUGCAGCUCUCACACAAGGCGCCAGCACUGCAGCACGGCGCGACAUCCCGCGCAGCCCCGCGCUCACCGCACCGACCCGCGCGCCCCGCAGUCCCGGCGCCGCAGCGCACGGCCCGGGCAGCCCCAGCGGGCACAGCCGCGCCGACACAGCGCGUUUCCGCGGGGCGCCGCUGAGCGCCGGGCGCGCCCCGAAGCCCCGCAGCUCCCGCACGGCACGGCACGGCGCGGAGCGCCCCGCGGCUCCCGGCGGGGCUCUGCCCGGGGCGGGCCGGGGCCGAGGCUGAGGCUGGCGGCCGCCCCCCGCAUCACAUGAGGGAACUUCGGGCCAAUGGCGCUGCGGCGAGGGCCGGGGCCCCGCUCGGCUCCCGCGGACGCUCAUUCAAAACGCGGCCGGGCUCGGGCUCCGCCAGCCCCGCGCCGCCGCCCCGCGCCCCGGCCGCUGGGGGGCUCCGGCCGGGCGGGGGCUGCGGGGGCCGGGCGCUGCCUGCGGGGAUGUCCCGCGCCGCCGCGGCCUGAAGGCGCCCGCCCGCCGCCGCGAUGCCGGUGAAGAACCGGUACAACCUGGUGGACGAUGGCUGCGACUCGCGCGUCCCGCUGCACAACGAGGAGGCCUUCCAGCACGGCAUCCACUUCCAGGCCAAGUACAUUGGUAGCUUGGACGUACCCAGGCCCAGCAGCCGCGUGGAGAUCGUGGCAGCCAUGAGAAGGAUUCGGUAUGAAUUCAAAGCCAAAAACAUUAAGAAGAAGAAGGUGAGCAUCAUUGUGUCUGUGGAUGGUGUGAAGGUGAUCCUGCGCAAGAAGCAGAAGCGAAAGGAGUGGACGUGGGAUGAGAGCAAGAUGGUGGUGAUGCACGAUCCCGUGUACAGAAUCUUCUAUGUGUCUCACGACUCACAAGACCUGAAGAUAUUCAGUUACAUCGCAAGGGACGGUGCCAACAACUCCUUCAGGUGCAACGUCUUCAAAUCCAAGAAGAAGAGCCAGGCUAUGCGUGUGGUGCGCACGGUGGGCCAGGCCUUUGAGGUGUGCCACAAGCUGAGCCUGCAGCACGCCCUGCAGAACGCUGAUGGCCAGGCAGACGGUGCCAGCGAUAAGUCGGCGGAGGAGCAGCAAUCUGAAGUGCACCAGAUAAAGGGCUCCAAGAUCACAGAUGUGGAUGAGGUUGGCCUUGACUCUGAUGGCAUCUGUGUGUCCGAGAGGGGAGCAGGAGAGUUGCCUCUUGCCAGGGGUGAGCUGAGCACACUGAAACCUGGACAGGGCUCCAAGGACAAGAACUGCCAGGACUCUGAGAGCUGCUCCCUGUACCCGGCCGGCUCACAGCAGCUGCUCAGCCCGGGCAGCCCCUGCUCUUCGGCCUCCAUCACCCCACUGGCCUCCCAGCACUGCCUUCAGCUGCUCCAGCAGCAGCUCCUACAGCAGCAGCAGCAGACACAGGUGGCGGUGGCUCAGGUGCAGUUGCUGAAGGACCAGCUGGCGGCAGAGACGGCGGCGCGCAUCGAGGCGCAGGCCCGCGUGCGGCAGCUGCUGCUGACCAACCGCGACCUGCUGCAGCACGUCUCGCUGCUGGUGCGGCAGCUGAAGGCGCUGGAGAGCCGGGCGCAGCGGCGGCAGCCGGUUGACCGUUCGCUGCAGAACCUGUCCCUGGCGCAGUCGCUGUCCCUCAACCUGAAGAACCACUACAGCCUGGACAUCGCCCUGCCCUCCACCUCCACCCCCGCCAGCGUCCUGGGCAGCCCCGUGGCUCCCCGCUCGCUGUCGGCGCUGGGCGCCGGGGAUUCCUACCUCAACCUGGUCGGCCUGGAGGGGGCCGGGCCCUGCUUCGGCAGCAAGGAGGGGGCCGAGGGCCUGGCGGCGCACGAGGGGCUCAGCCGGCGCGUGGAGGGCUCCGAGGUCGGCGACUUCGCGCUGCUCAGCGGGAGCGGCCGGCAGAAGGCGGAGGACGCGGACAGAGGGGACGAGGACAGGCGGCAGCAGCCCAUUCCCAAGCUCAACCCACCACCACCCAUCCUGCGCAAGAGGUCGAGCAAGACCUCCCCGAGCCUAGAAGUGGACAUCAAGCCUGAGAGUACUGCCCACGUGAGCCUCCCCAGCCCCAGUGUGUCCGGCCUCACCAGCAUCACUGCCACCUCCCUCACCCUCCUGGACCCUGAGGCAAGGACUCCUGCACGGAGCGCUGCUGCCAGCGCAGAGCCCCUCCCUGUUGGGACCUUCCAACGUGUUCUGAGCAAGGACAGGUCUGGAGAGAAUGGGCACACGUCCCCUCCAUCCAGCAUCCAUGACCCUGCAGCCAGUGAUGCCCUGAGCAAGGACUUGGCCGCACUGCUGAGCCCCACGGACAGCACGCUGCCCUUCUCCCCUGCAGACGACACCUGUUUGCACAUCAGCUUCUCAGAAGAUGAGCUGCUGGAGCCGGAGCUGGACACUACUGUGGGGCCCAGCAGGGUCCCUUCUUAGUUGGACACAGCACUGGCAGCUAGCUGGCAGGCAGUCCCAGUGGCUCUUUCCACACCACUCCCCAGUGCACGCUGGAGUUGCACGGUCCCUGCACCCUGCCUGGGUCAGGUCCGUUCACUGUCCCUGCUCCAUUCAUCAGCUCCUCCUGCCACAUAUGGGCUGCAGCACAGAAGGCAACCUGGUCAGCCCCUGUCCCAGUCUGCACCAGUUCAUGCUGUCUUCCUGCUUUCCCCAGCCCUUUUGUGCCGUGUCCUUCCCUUGGUCAGGGGUGCCACGUGGGCCUCUGUCCCAGGGAGCUCUCACCUCUGCUGCCUGGCAGAAGCACAGAUCCCACUUAUUACCACAUCCCUGGCUGCUGCAGACAGUCCCAGGGCCACCAUGUCCUUCCCACUGCAUCCCCCAGCCCCAGUGUGGUGGGGUGGCCUCGGGAGGGAGAGAUGCAGAUACCUCACUGCCUUGAGACUGGUCCUGUUUUGGAGACAGCAGCUUCACUGCCCCACUGCUGUGUCCCUGUGCAGCAAUGCCACCACUGCCUCCCUCCAAAGGUGCCUUUUCCUAUGCCACAGCACCUACUGUCCAUGCAGACUGGGGCCACCCUGCAGGAGGCUGGUAUGGGGUGACUGCCUAUGGAGGAGACUUGGGAGCCUCAUGCCACAGCAGGUGCUCCACAUAUCUUGGGGUGGCAGAAGCAGCUGCUCCAUGUGCACGUCUCUGAGCGCUUUGGGGCUGCUUUGUCAUGUUGAGGUGUUAUGGAAUGGUUCACUGUGAAGUUGGAAGCAUGAAUGUCUGGGGAUGAGUUUGCAAGAUGGAAGGUUUAAGGAAGAAAUCCAGCCCUGUGGGGAGAGCCAAGGCAAUGCCCAGUGCUGCCAGGCAUCCCUCAUCAGUACAGGCUGGAGCAGGUUCUGGGGAGGGACCCUGGGAGGUGAUCUUCCACUCAUUGUUUGCAAGAGGAGGUUUGGGAAGGUGCUGGAGGCUCAAGUUGGGGAAGUGUCAGGAGAUGGAGGCUCAGAGCAGCCACUCUGUCCCAGUACAGAGAGUGACAGGACCCCAACAGCACAGCACUGUGGGGCCCAGGGCUGAGCAGGAGCCGGUAGGAGCUGAUGGCAGAAGGCCCGUGGCACCACCAGCACUGCUGAGGACACGUGAUGGGAACUGUGGAUUUGUAAAGCCGUGGUUGGGCUGUGUGUUAGUGUGGUAGAGACGGAUCGACCACUCCUUAGGAAAUAAAGUACACUGCAGUUUGGUAACUGACUUUUAAAGAAAAUAAAUGCCUCAAAUUUGCA